UCAAACUCUCUAUUGUAAAAAAUUAACGUUAAAUCAUCUGAUCCGAAAAUCUUACUGUGGUUUGGAGAAAAAAUCUAAGUUAAGUUAAAGCGCAGCUUUAUGUGGAUAAAUCUAGAGAGUAUAGCGUAUAAGAUACUCGUUUUUUGCAGAUCAUACUGCAGCCUUGACCUCACAAACAAAUGUUCAGAACAAUAAAACCUCAGAAUAUAAUUAGAACUUGUAUGAUUCGCAAGUGUCACUCAACAACAUCAGCGAAUACAAAAGCAGAUAACGUUUCAAAUGAGGAUGAUAUAUCGCAGGACAAUAAUCCAGAACUAUGGGAUGACUUCACCAAAGAAUUUAUGAAAAAUCGAAUUGAGUUAACACCACUUCAAAAAUUUAUACUAUGUACUGGAUCUUCGCUUGCCGCCAUUUUAGAUCCUAGAAGGCACGAUAUGAUUGCUUGUCUUGGAGAAACAACUGGAGGAUUUGCAUUAGAAAACAUUUUACAAGAAAUGAAGUCCAAUGAGGAGGGUCAAAGAAUACUCACAUUACGACCACGCAUCAAUACAAAAACCGUUGAUCUUGAUAAAUUACGUUCCCUACCAGAAAAUAAAUUUGGAUAUGCCUAUGUAAAAUUUUUGGAUCAUAACAAUGUAACGCCAGAUUCACGAAUGGAAGUUCGUUUUAUUAAUAAUCCAGAAUUAGCCUAUGUAAUGACACGAUAUCGAGAAUGCCACGAUUUGGUACACGCGAUAUUAGAUAUGCCCACAAAUAUGUUAGGCGAAGUGACAGUAAAAUGGAUAGAAGCUUUAAAUAACAAUUUACCAAUGUGCUAUGCUGGGGCAGUUUUCGGAGCAAUGCGUUUAAGGCCCAAGCAACGAAAAGAAUACGUCAAUCGUUAUUUACCAUGGGCUGUAGAAAAUGGCAAAAAAAUGAAACCAUUAAUGCCAAUAUUUUGGGAGGAACGUUGGGAGCAAAAUACAGACGAUUUACGUAAAGAAUUAAAUAUAACACCAUUAAAAUAAUAUAUAUACAUAUAUUUUU